AUGAGUCAUUCGGCAAUCUAUGACAUCAUAAGGGAUUACCCUGAGGACUGUGUCGUGCAGCAGAAAAAGCUGCUUGAAGCGUUUAAAGAGUUUGACUAUGACCAGGACGGGUAUUUGCACUACAAAGACGUGGCAGACUGCAUGAGAACUAUGGGAUAUAUGCCAACAGAGAUGGAACUGAUUGAGAUCAUUCAGCAGAUAAAAAUGAAAUGGGGAGGUCACGUGGACUUUGAUGAUUUCUGUGAAUUAAUGGGGCCCAGAAUGCUGGCUGAAACUGCUCAUAUGGUGGGACUAAGGGAGCUGCACUGCGCUUUCAAACAGUUUGACUGUGACGGUGAUGGACGGAUCACCUUUGAGGAGCUGAAGGAGUCCACAAAGACGCUGCUCGGGGAGAAGCUGAAAAAAGGAGAGCUGGAAGAAAUUCUGACAGACAUCGACCUCAACGGAGAUGGAAAUGUGGACUUCGAUGAGUUCGUUAUGAUGUUGUCUCUCCGAUAG